AUGGGCCUGUCCUUGUAUGCUAUGCAAACAACCAAACUCUCUAAUCGUAUCGUCACCAAAAUUGAUGGUUUGGUGCGUAAUUUCUGGUGGUACUUUGAAAAAGGCAACCAUGGGCUUCACCUAAAAGCUUGGGAUAAGCUUUGCCCACCCACAUCUCUUGGGGGCCUUGGUUUUCAGAAAACUAGAGAGAUGAACCAGGCUUUUCUGGCGAAAUGGGGGUGGAACAUUCUUAAUGGAUCUCAGUCUCUGUGUUGCCAAAUUUUGGCAGCUAAAUACCUUAAAGGGAAGCAUUUCCUUAACUGUAGCUAUAAAGAUUCAGAUUCUUGGUUUUGGAAAAAUAUUGUUAAAGCCAAGUCAAUAUUAAGGAAGGGUGCCUAUAAAUUGGUGUCAGAUGCCUACCUAUCUCAGGAUGUGGAUAGGGCUCCCCAAUGUGAGGUUGCCCCUUUAUUUUGGAACAAGCUAUGGAAUAGUAAAAUUUUGGAGCAUCAUAAGAUUCUUUGGUGGUGCAUCCUGUCUAGCGCUCUCCCAACUUGGGUAGUGAUCAGGUCUUCUCCUUGGGGUAUUUAUCAUGUGUGUGAUACCGGUAUUCGCAUGUGGGACUGGAUCAAAUUUAUUUGGGAUCUUAAACAUAGAGGAAUUCCUGCUUAUGAGGUUUUCUUUUAUGCUUUGAUUAUUGUUGACACCAUUUGGCGAAUUUGCAACGAUAAGGUACACAAUCAUUCUUCUGUUGAUGUGAAGAAGUGUAUUGACUCUAUUUGUACUUCUUUUGUAGAUUUACAUGCUUCUAUUUUCCCUUCCCCUACUUCGUGCCUGAAGGAGGACUGGCAUCCUCUCCAUUAG